AUGCAAUGUGGGACAACAAAUGAGGAAAUUCGCAUUGUUGGGGGACGUCCAACGGGUGUCAAUCAAUUCCCAUGGGUGGCGAGACUCGUGUACAAUGGUCAAUUUCACUGUGGUGCAUCCCUCGUGUCCGAAGACUACGUGGUAACGGCAGCACAUUGCGUGCGACGGCUGCAGCGUUCAAAGAUCCGCGUGAUACUCGGAGAUCAUGAUCAAUUCAUUACCACCGAAACACCAGCUAUAAUGAGGGCUGUCAGUGCAAUAAUACGGCAUCGGAGCUUCGAUGCGAAUACCUACAAUCACGAUAUUGCACUUCUAAGACUGAGAAAGAAGGUGGUUUUUGGGAAAACCAUCAGACCAGUGUGUUUGCCAAAAGAUGCCAGUGAUCCUGCAGGACUGAUCGGGACGGUUAUUGGAUGGGGAAGAACUUCCGAGGGUGGAACACUACCAGGAACUCUUCAGCAAGUUAAAGUACCAAUUCUCACUCUUGCCCAGUGCAGAAAUAUGAAGUACAGAGCAUCGAGGAUCACGCCCAACAUGCUUUGUGCGGGAAAAGGUCCUCCAAGUGGGCAAGGAAUCGGUGGUGAUUCCUGUCAAGGCGACAGCGGAGGACCCCUGUUCGUGUCCAAUGGCAUUAAAAAUGAGAUCGUGGGCAUCGUCUCAUGGGGUGUAGGCUGUGGACGUCCCGGCUACCCUGGCGUGUACACAAGAGUGGCUAAAUAUCUGCCGUGGUUGCGUGCAAAUUUAGACGACACGUGCUUGUGCAAUAAAUAAAGUGAUAAAUCAUCCCGGUGCAAAAA